UGGGGCUAUUGCAAAAUUAAUUUUUUAUUAAUGUGUUCCAUAAAGAACUCAUAAAACUUUUUUAAUUUUGCUUUUUAAUGUAGUUUUUGUAUUUAAAUACUACAAAUCUCAUUACAAACAAUUAAUUAAAUUAGAGCAAAACCAUGAAAAGUCGCAAAAUAAAAAAAUGAAAAAAGCUAUUUUUGGGUAAAUUUUUGUUCUCGCUCACACACACAAAAAGAUCCAAAAAAUAUCGCUUUGUCUCACUCUUUCACAUGUCAAAUGGUAUGACGUUUAUUCUCGGCCGUGCACCAGAAAAACAAACUUGGGGAAAAUUUUUGUGAAAUAAAGUGAAAAAUUGGAUUUAUAGUGUUGUUGCAACUGUUCUUUGUGGUGUUGAAAGCGAAAAAAGAUCCCUUGCAAUGGCCAAACAUAAACCUUUGUGAGAAAUUGUGCCAUCAGUGGCGGAGGUGAUUGUGUUUAGUGCGCAAAAGUCAAGUGUCCGGAUGCAGAUAGAGAAGCGCCCCAGGGGUGACUUGGACGCCAUGCCGGGAUGGCCGAGUCCCGUCCUCGAUGGUGCCUUUGAUAAGCACCGUCUGGCUGCAUUGGCCUUCUUGUCCGCCAUCAGCCUGGACGGGGGGCUCUGUGAGGAGGAGGAAGUCCCAGAACCGGCCCAUCAGAUCACAACGAUUGCAUCUAUUGAGACUCAGCUGGACAACGAAGACACUGAUUACGAUGGGAGUACUUUUGUUGAUGAUACUCGCGCAGAGCCCGGACGUCGUGGAGCCACUUCCCGGACACGCGGGGAGGAUCGUCUGUCUGAGAGUUCAGACUCCGUCAUCUACUCCAUGGGCAAGGGGGCUGUGUCUAAUACUCCUCUGAGGGAAAGACUUUCCAGUCAGCCCAAUGAGAUUUUAGUGCGAGCACGUUUGGGAUCAUCAUCCAUUCGCACAAGUAGUGUCAGCAAGAGGACCAUCAUGCUACUAAAUGACGAACGAAAGUCCGACAUUCACAACAGUAGUUCCGAGAGUUUAUCUUUAGGACGUUCAAAGAAUGUUCAGAUAAAUGAUCCGAAGGAGGUCCGUUUUGUAGGAUCAGCCAGAUUGCAUCACUUCAAGGAUGAUCGUGUGCUUGUGGCAUCGAAAAAGGUGCCAUUUUUGAUCUUUUCCUCUCUACCGUAUAGCAAAAGUCGCGACGCUCGGAAGGAUUUUGGGACACGACGUCGCAAUACUUCGGGUCCUCGUCCACUUUCAGCCAUCAACGAUGCCCCCUUUGAUGCCUUUGACCUUUUGGGUAUUGAAAAAGUCGAUGGGAGUGUUGAGGUAUCAUAUGGGCAUCUGUUGGUUCCCUCAAAGCCCGGGUACAAGGAAAAGAAGCAUCCAACUGGCUACAGUGCUAUCCCUGAGGGAAGUUUUGAAAUUACAUCCAUGAAUGCCGUGAAGAACUACGCAAUGGCCAGGACCAAAAUAAUCACCUGGAAGAAGGGUAGCAAAUGGUGUUUCACCUAUGAUAAUCAUCCAGUUACAAAACCCAGUGCAUCAAGUCCAUCACCACUGUGUGAGGCAAAAACAACCACUACUGCCGAUGCUACGGAGGAUGGAUUGGAGAAUCGUUCGCAGCAAUUGCAGUAUUCGGCAAAUAUGCUGGAUGAUCCAGAAUUAAUUGCCGGAAAGCAUCGUACUUUGCUCACAUUCACAUCCUACAUGACGUCCGUGAUUGACUACGUGCGUCCGUCGGAUCUCAAGAAGGAGCUCAAUGAUAAAUUCCGCGAGAAAUUCCCUCAAGUUCAGCUGACGCUCAGUAAAUUGCGCAGCCUAAAGCGGGAUAUGCGAAGGAUCAAUAAGAUGGACGCACGUGUGGAUCUAUUGACAAUUUCGCAGGCCUAUGUGUACUUUGAGAAGCUUAUUUUGGCGAAUUUAAUUAAUAAAACCAACAGGAAGCUAUGUGCCGGUGCUUGCCUCCUUCUCAGUGCGAAGUUGAAUGAUGUCAAAGGGGAUGCUCUCAAGAGUCUCAUAGAGAAAACUGAGAGUGUCUUCCGUCUCAAUCGCAAAGAGUUGAUUGCUUCGGAGUUUGCCGUUCUUGUGGCACUUGAAUUUAGUCUCCAUGUCCCAAUUAGUGAGAUUUUUCCGCACUAUCAGAGACUGGUUUACGAAUCCUAAGAGAAAUGAAAUCCUGAAGAUACAAAUUUUUGUUCUUUUUUUUGUUGUUUUAAAACCACUCUUGCUGAUUGACAAAGAAAAAUUACAAAAAAAAGAUAUUUAUAAUGCAAAAGAAAA